CUGAACGAACGCACGAUUCCAUACUUCCACAUACCUCGAAAACGUCCAGUGUAGAUCAUCAAGCACGCAAACCCGCCAAGAUGGACAGACUGAAUAGGAUGCUGGCCUCUGCUGGCAACAUGGGAGGUCUCAACAGUGCUGCACCAGGAUCUGAUAACACUGCUCUCAUCGAUAAUUCCGAAACCGUGUACAUUUCUUCCCUUGCGCUACUCAAGAUGCUGCGACAUGGUAGGGCUGGUGUGCCAAUGGAAGUCAUGGGCUUGAUGCUUGGAGAAUUUGUGGAUGACUUCACCGUCCGAGUGGUUGAUGUGUUUGCUAUGCCGCAGAGCGGUACAGGUGUUAGUGUCGAAGCUGUUGAUCCGGUCUUUCAAACAAAGAUGAUGGAUAUGUUACGGCAAACAGGACGACCUGAGACCGUUGUCGGCUGGUACCAUUCACAUCCUGGUUUCGGCUGCUGGCUUUCGUCAGUCGAUAUCAAUACUCAACAAUCCUUCGAGCAACUUACUCCCCGAGCUGUUGCCGUAGUCGUCGAUCCUAUACAAUCUGUUAAGGGCAAGGUCGUGAUCGAUGCUUUCCGAUUGAUCAAUCCACAAUCUCUCAUGCUCGGACAAGAGCCCAGACAAAGUACCUCGAACUUGGGUCAUCUAAAUAAGCCUUCGAUUCAAGCUCUUAUCCACGGUCUUAACAGACAUUACUACAGUAUCGGCAUCAACUACCGCAAGACUGCACUUGAGGAGAACAUGCUGAUGAACCUUCACAAGCACGUUUGGACGGAGGGUCUUCAGAUGGAUGAUUUCCGCUUAGAGGGCAGCAAGAACAAGGAUAGAUUGAAGCAGCUGGUUGGGCUUGCUGAUGGUUAUGAGAAGAGAGUGAAGGAGGAAACUGAGCUGACAAAGGAUCAACUCAAGACGAGGUAUGUUGGAAAGGUGGACCCAAAGAAGCAUUUGGAAGAUGUUGGGCAACAGCUCAUUGAAGACAACAUCGUGUCAGUGUCGAGACAGAUGAUCGACAAGGAAGCAUCGGCACCAAAAGAGAAGAAUGGUGCAAACGGGCACGCAAAUGGAGAUGCUAUGGACCUCGAAGAUGAGCUAUGAUGAUAUAUGGCAUUGUAAUGUACAAUAGGCGUUUGGCAUCUUGCUGCAUCGAUUAGAGAUCUCUGCAAGGCGUGGUCGUUGGUUGCAUGGGUCGAUGAAGAUGCAUUUGCAAUGAUCGGGUCAUAAGGUGAAAAGACAUUCGUCGAUAGGUAUCAAACUUCCAGAGCACGUGAACAUGGCAAUUUCUGAUGAGUAGCGGGACAACCUCACAGGCUUCUUCUACUGUUUGCAGGAAAACACUAUGU